AUGAUGCGGGAGAUCUACCUGCCCGUGCUCACCAGGAGCUCCCUGAAGAGCCAGGGCAGCACCCGGAAGCUGCCCGCCGCCGAGAGCGGUGAGGCGGGCGAGGGCGGCGCCCACGAGGGGAGCGAGGAGGCCGAGACCGCGGCGCCCGAGGGCGAGCCCGAGACGGAGCAGGAGUCGGAGGAGGCGGACGUGCCGCAGCAGCACGCCUCAGCGGACGACGAGGUGCGGGCGAUCACCCUGCCCGCGCAGAUCCAGGAGGAGAUCUUCGCGUCCACGCACAAGUUCACGGGCCACGUGCACCAGACGGUGAUGCAGGUCUACGGGAACGUGAACAUCCGCGUCCCCCGCAUGGACCUGGAGGACGCGGAGGCCAUCCAGCGGGACCCGGAGGCCAUGAAGGAGCUGGAGAUGGCCGUCGAGGAGUGGACCAAGAUAGUGGAGGGCGUCGUUUACGACGAGGAGCACAACCGCCAGAGGGAGAGCAAGUACCCGAUGGCGGAGAUCGACUUCUGGCGCGACCGCUCCUCCAAGGUCUCCACCGUCUACGAGCAGCUGCAGCUCCCGCAGGUGCGGCGCGUCCGCGAGAUCCUCGCGGGCGACGAGGGCGGCGUCGAGAACAGGGUGCUGACGGUCUUCGUGGAGCAGUUCACGUCGCUGAACCAGAUGCACAUCAUGGCCAAGGACAAUGUGAAGUUUUUGACCACCCUGGAGCGGCACUUCAAGAACCUCCAGAGCGGGUCCAUGCAGAUGAUCUGCGAGACGCUGCCGUCCCUGAUGAACGCGAUUCGCAUGGUCUGGAUCAUUUCGCGGUAUUUCAACACGGAUGACCUCAUGGAGCCGCUCAUGAAGCGUAUAGCUGACCAGAUUGCAGACAAGGUGGAGGAGCAGAUCAACAUCCACCAGAUCUUCAACAUGGACCCGGAGGGAAGCAGGUCGACGUCGAUCCAGAAAGCCAUGGCGAUCAUCAAGGAGGGUGAUACCGCGCUGGAGAAAUGGUACACGACCUACUUGGAGACGCGCGAGAAGAUCGAGUCCAGCGCCUCAGACCACCGCUGGGAGUUCGACCGACAGGCGCUCUUCAAGAGGACGAUGUACAUGUCCAAGGUCUGCAAGGACCUCCACGAGAUUGCGCAGGUGCUCGACCAGUUCUACAAGUUCCUCGGCCCAGAGCUCAAGGAGGUCACCGGCGACUCCCAGGGCAUCGAUUCCCUGCUCGGUGAGGUCGAGGCGCUGAAGAUCGAUUUCAGAAAUAUGAAAUACGUCUUCGAUGAGCUCAACCAGUCGCACUGGGACAGCCUCGUCGUGAAAUUCAAAGAGCGUGUGAACCAGAUUGAGGGCAAGGCAAUCGACUUCCUGAAUCGCUCGUUCAAGAACCUGCGCUCCUCAGAGGGUGCGUUUAAGCUCCUGCAGAAUUUCAAGAAUAUCAAGUCCAGGGAAGCGAUCAACAAAACGAUGGAGCACAAGUUCAAAGAGAUCCUCAUGAAGUACGAGGAGGAGGUCAAGCGAUUCCAGGAGAUCUUCCGUAGCUGCCAGGGGAACCCCCCGAUCUCCAAGAGCACACCGCCCGUCGCUGGCUCCAUCUUGUGGGCCCGCAGUAUCUUCCACCGGGCGAAGCAGCCUGUGCUCCGAUUCAAGACCAUGCCAGGCUUGCUGACCCAAGCAGAGGGCCAGAAGGCGUGCAAGGAGUACGUCGACCUCGGCAAGGACAUCCUGGAGUACGAGAAGAAGCUGUUCGAGGCCUGGAAGACCGAUGCCGUAAAGCUUUCGGAGGAGUGCUUGAAGCUGAACGUGCUCAAGGUCGACCCGAAGACAAGGGAGUACGAGGUCAACUUCGCCCGCGAGCUCCAGCUGCUGGUCCGCGAGGCGCGCCACCUGGACCAGAUGGGCGGUCUGGAGCUGCCGCACACGGUGCUGAACGUGGCGCUGCAGCAGGACAAGUACAAGGAGUAUAUCGAGCAGCUGAACCUCAUGAUCCAGGACUACAACAAGGUCGUGGGGGACCUCACGCCCGUGCAGCAGAAGCUCCUCAAGAAGCAGAUCCAGGACCUGGACAAGUGCCUGAGCCCCGGCCUGUCGCCGCUGAACUGGAACUCCCUCGGGAUCAACGACUUCAUCGAGGCGUGCAAGACGGGGAUCAGCAAGUUCCAGUCGAGCCGCGACCAGGUCGAGAAGAGCGAGGAGCGGAUCCAGGCGGUGGUCGACCUCAUCGAGAAGGCGGUCUUGGUGCGCCCCUUCGACUGGCAGCGCACGGAGGUCAUGGACCACAUGGAGUUCUACGACUACUUUGAGAGACACCGGGUGGCCGUCGUGGAGGACCUCGUCACACGUUACGAGGACCUCCAGAAGUCCCUGGAGAAGAUUGAGGAGAUCACAGCCGGCACGAAGACCGGCUGUGCUCCGUCGAUGACCGAGUAUUACCACUACUGGGAGCGCCGCAUAUUCAACGCGAUCACCUCCAUGCUUCUCAGGGGUAUGGGCGCUUUCCAGACCCUGUUCAGCGCGAACGAGAGGCGACGGCCGCCGCUGCUGCGCGUCAAGGCGGACUGCAAUCCGCAGGACGGCAACGUGGACGAUAACCCCUUGGCCGCCGUCUUCAGGCAGCUCACCAAGAUACUGAAGAACACCGUCCACUCAGCGAACUCCUUCGUUCGAUGGAUGGAUGGCACAUGCAAGAUGGUUCCCCAACAGCCGAACCCAGAGGAGGACCAACAGUUGUUCACCUUCUACCGAGACGUCAAGGACAACCCAGCCCUCAUCGAAAUGAUAAUCAACAUCCACAACAAUAUCCAGAAGAUUUUUACUAUCAUGUCCAAGUUCCUGCGGCACUGGCGCAAGUACGACGAGACGUGGAAACUGUGGGACCCGAAAUUCCGGCAGGAGCUCGAGAAGGUAGCGGAAAAGAAGCCGCCCUUCGUAUUCUUCGACGUUCACAUUUGCGUCUACAAGGGGCUCGCCGACAGCCUCGCGGCCUACCCGCCCGAGAAAGACAUCGGCUUCGUGCGGAUCGACUCCACGGCCAUCGUGUCGGCUAUCAGGUCCCAGUCGAUGGAUUGGGUGGCGGGCUACGGGGACAUCUUGGGCAGGCUCGCGCUGAAGGACCUCAGGACGAUCCAGUCGGAGAUGGCCAACUACCGCAGCCAGCUACAGGAGAUGCCCGACUCGCUGGACAAACUUAAGAGCAUCCUUAGCCUCAUCGGGCAGAUCCUGGCUGUCUCGAUGGACAUGGAGCUGAGGAUACAGGACGUGCGCGAGCGGUACCGGACGCUGACGCUGUACAACUGCGAGUGCGUCCAGCAGGAGCUGGACGACGUGGCCGCGCUGGGAGGAGAGUGGAGCGCUUUGAAGGACGAGGCGCUGACGAAGGACAGGCGCAUGAUCAAAGUGAAGGAGCGCUUCGCCGAGGUCACCACUGGCCAGGUGGAGCAGUUCGCCAGCGACUGCAGGGACCUGCACAAGACCUACAGGCAGGAGGGCCCGGGCUCUCCGGAUGUCUCCCUAGAAGAGGGGGUGGACCUUCUUCGAAAGUUCGACCACGAGUGCAAGCAGUUCCAGAAGAAGCGUGAGGAGCUCGUGAAGGCGCAGACACUGUUCAACCUGCCCAUCCAGAGCUACCCGGAGCUGCUGCAGCUGGAGAGGGACCUGCGCCUGCUCGCGCAGGUCUACAAGGUCUUCCAGGACCACAGCGCCAUGGUGACCGAGUACAGCUCGGCGAUGUGGAGCAAGGUCGACAUCGCUGCGCUGGCGAAGAGCGCCGAGGAGUUCGACAAGUUUGUGCACCGGAUGCCAAAAGAGACCAAGGAGCUCGGCGAGCUCACCACUUUCCACAAGCUCGAGGAAGUGGUCUCAUCUUUCAAGACUUCCGUGCCCCUCAUCCAGCAGCUGAAGAGCGACGCCAUCCGGCCGAUGCACUGGGAGGAGUUGAUGAGGAUCGCCGGCAUGGACGCAUCUGACUUCGAUUUCAAGAAGUUGACGUUGACCAGCGUCUUCAACAUGAAGCUGAGCCGCUUCCCCGAUGAGGUCAACGAGAUCGUCGUGACGGCCCAGAACGAGCUGAAGAUCGAGAGCGAGCUGUCGAAGGUGGAGAGCGCCUGGCGUAGCAUGUCCUUCAUGCCCAACGGCAUGAAGGCCUACAAAGGAGACCCACAGAACCCUCGAGGCUAUGUCCUGCUCCCGAAUGAGGAGAUGAAGCAGACGCUCGAAGACCAUGUGCUGUCGCUGCAGUCCAUGUUGUCUUCCAAGUAUGCCGCGAAGCUGAUCGAUACGAUCAAGCGCUGGGAGAAGAAUCUCUCCACGAUCAGUGAGGUGUUCGACGCGUGGCAGGUGUUGCAGCGCAAGUGGAUGUACCUGGAGAGUAUUUUCUUAGAUUCGGAGGAUAUCAGUCUGCAGCUUCCAGAAGAAGCAAAGAGGUUCGGUCGUGCACACGCAGCGUUCACGAAGAUCAUGUCUACGACACAGUCUCAGCCUCAGGUGCUCUCCGCGUGCUGCCAAGAAGGUCGUCUCGAGGAGUUCAAAACACUAACUUCAGAGUUUGACCGCAUCCAGAAGUCCCUCACCGACUAUCUGGACACUAAGCGCUCGGCUUUCCCGAGAUUCUAUUUGAUCUCCGACGAGGAGCUCCUCAGCAUCCUGGGCACCAGUGACGCUAAGGCUGUGCAGCCUCACAUGCUGAAGCUAUUCGACAAUUGCAAGCAGCUGGAGUUUGGCCGUGCGCGGUUGGUGGUGGGCAUGUUCUCUGAUGAGGACGAGCACUUUAAGUUACACCAAGCACAGCAGGCCGAGGGCUCCGUGGAGGACUGGAUGCGCAACGUCGACGAGGCCAUGCAAGACACGCUCCAGCGCAUGUCCAAGGCCGCAGUGUACCAUUACGCGGCACAGGAGCGCAUGCCGUGGAUACAGGAGUACAUUGGCAUGGUGGCCAUCCUGGGGACGCAGAUCUGGUGGACCUGGUCGGUCGAAGACGCCUUCCGGAAGGUCGCGGAGGGCAACAAGAACGCCAUGAAGGACGAGCUCCGGAAGGAGAAUCGCCAGGUGAACGACCUCGUCGAGCUCGUGCGGCAGCCCAUCAACAAGCUGCAGCGCAAGAAGGUGAACACGCUGAUCAUCCUGGACGUGCACGCACGCGACAUCGUCGACAGGUUUGUGCGCGACAGCAUCCUGAGCCGGGAGGAGUUCGCCUGGGAGUCCCAGCUGCGAUUCUAUUGGGAUCGCAAGCAGGACGACGUGGUCAUCAGGCAGUGCACCGGCCAGCUCAAGUACUGCUACGAGUACCAGGGCCUCAACGGCCGCCUCGUCAUCACGCCCCUCACGGACCGAUGCGUCAUGACCCUCACCACGGCCCUUACCUUCAACAUGGGCGGCGCUCCCGCCGGCCCAGCUGGGACCGGCAAGACGGAGACGGUGAAGGACUUGGCGAAGUCCUUGGCGAUCUCGUGCGUCGUCACCAAUUGCGGGGACGGCCUCGAUUACCGCGCCAUGGGUGUCAUCUUCAGCGGCCUGUCGGAGACGGGCUUCUGGGGCUGCUUCGACGAGUUCAACCGCAUCAACGUCGAGGUGCUCUCGGUGGUGGCCGCGCAGAUCAAGACCAUACAGAACGGCCUCGACCAGAAGAAGAAGACAGUGGAGAUGCUGGGGCGCGAUGUCGCUCUGAAGACCACCAUCGGCUACUUCAUCACGAUGAACCCCGGCUACGCGGGCAGGUCUGAGCUGCCGGAUAACCUCAAGGCGCUCUUCCGGCCCGUCACCAUGAUCGUACCUGACCUGCUCAUGAUUUGCGAGAACAUGCUCAUGUCCGAGGGUUUCAACUCGGCCAAGGUGCUGGCGAAGAAGAUGACAGUGCUCUACGCGCUGUCCGCGGGGCAGUUGUCGAAGCAGUACCACUACGACUUCAAGCUGCGCGCGCUGAAAUCGGUGCUGGUCAUGGCUGGCGACCUGAAGCGCGAGGCGGCGGACCUCCCCGAAGAGAUGGUGCUCAUGCGCGCCCUGCGCGACAUGAACAUGCCGAAGUUCGUCAAGGAGGACGUGCCCCUGUUCUCUGGGCUUCUCAACGAUCUCUUCCCUGGCCUGGACUGCCCCCGCGUCGGCAACGCUGCGCUGAAGACUGGGAUCGAGGAGACCCUCGAGGACGCUGGCAUGAAGUCAAAGUACGAGGAGAUCUACGCGCUGCAGGUCGACAAGGUCAUGCAGCUGUACGAGACCAUGCUGACGCGGCACUCCACCAUGGUGGUGGGGCCCUCGGGCGGGGGCAAGAGCGUCAUCCUCAAGACCCUCGCAGAAGCUCAGAAGAAAGCGUUCAACCUCCCGACGACCAUGUACCCGCUCAACCCCAAGGCCAUCCCCACGGACGAGCUCUACGGCGUCCUGGACCCCGCCACGCGGGACUGGACGGACGGGCUCCUGUCGAAGAUUUUCCGCGAGAUGAACCAGCCGCACGCGCCGGACAAGCCCGUCCGGCGGUACAUCCUGUACGACGGUGACGUGGACGCCCUUUGGAUCGAGAACAUGAACUCGGUCAUGGACGACAACAAACUGCUCACCCUGACGAAUGGCGAGCGCAUCCGGCUGGAGAAGCACUGCGCCAUGCUCUUCGAGGUGUUCGACCUGCAGUACGCCUCGCCCGCCACCGUCAGCCGAUGUGGCAUGCUUUACGUGGACGACAAGAACCUGGGACCUGGGCCGUACUAUGACCGCUGGGCGCGGUCCAAGACGUCCGACAAGCUCAGGGAGCUCCUGGAGGAGCUCUACGACAAGUACAUCCCGCCGCUGAUCGCCUUUGUCUUCGAGGGACCGGCGACCAGAUCGGCAAGCCCCUGCCUAGCUUCCUCCCGCGGUCCAACAUGGGCAUUGAUUCGGUCGUGCAGUUCUCGAGGCUCUUCGACUCGAUGUUCGACGAGAACAGCACAGGGAUCGAUCUAG